AUGAACAACGACAUAGAACUUUUGAAAAGCUAUCCCGGUGUAUCACAAGUGGAACAAGUCUUGGACAAGUAUGAGUAUCCCCCGCUUCCAUUGAUUAGUGCUUUGUUGAACUAUAGUAUUCCACAGAUCUACGUGUCAUUACCGAAAACUGCAGAGGCCAAAUUGAGAUGCAUGUUUCAAACAUUGAUAGGUUUGGGUAAUCUACUUGCAAAAGUAUCAACUUUACUGAAGGUAUCAGCUAAUGAUCAUGAGUUGAAGCUAUAUUACAACUUUUUACAAUCGUUGGCAGAUGAACAACUCUUUACAAACAUCACGAAAAAUAGAAAACCUCUUGAGUUGAGAGAGGUCGACAAACUUGUAUUCAAAGGAAAAUUCUUGGCCAUUGUGAAUGAAGUUGGCAUAUCUAAAGGUUGGGGUAUCACCAAUGAGGUUUUAAAGUCAUCCAAGUCGUAUGCAAAUUACCUAUCAAGAGGAAUAUCUGAAUUGUACAGGCAAAAUCUACAACCAGACAUGUUCGUACUUUCAGUCUUGAAUUUUGGCACUGAGCUGUUUACGGAAUUCUUCGAAGUGUUCUUCAACUUUGAUAAGUGGAAGUACUUUCAAGAAACGCUCCUUCGUUUAAAGGAGUUUCAGAGAAAGGGUUACAUCAAAAAGCUACUAUUAAUAUAUAUUGCGCGAAUUGUUAAUGAAGCCAACAUCGUCCCCAUUUACAAUAUUUUAAAAUUCACUUGUGGGUAUAUAGAUGACAAUGGUAUUGAAAGUGUCGUUUUAAGAUCUAACAAGUCGCUAACACAAUUGGUGGCUGCCAUACUAUCACAAAAGGAGGGUCGCAACAAGGACCACGUAAUUUUAAGUCAGUUGCAAAAAUGGACGGACCCAACCUACAUCAAAAACGAGCCUAUAACAAUUCAAGAAUCCAGAACUUUUCUUAUUCUCCAAUUAAUUUCUAGGCGGCAAGAUUGUGAAUUUUUGAAAGGAUUGACAAAGAACAAAAUAUGCCUUGAGGGUAUAAGUAAUCAUCUCCAAUCAUUUUCGGAGAACGUGAGGUCUCUUGGAAUCAUUCUAGCUGACAGAGUAUGUGAGCUUAGCGGGGAAGACAAAAUUUUCAAGUCUGCAAAUCUUGGUCAUGACUUUAUUGAAUUAUUGACGCCCGUGGUACAACUUGAUGAUAUGAAUGAUGACGAUGCUUGGAAAGCCUUGUAUCAAGAAGAUACUGAAUCACUUAUUCCCAAACCAGUCAAUAUAAAUACCACACUCAACCAGAACAUCACAGUGAAAGACACUUCAGAUGAUGAUGAUGAUGAUGAUGAUGAUGCAUCCCAACCUCAAAAAAUCAAGAUUCCAGAUCCCAUAUACGUGAAAGAUUUGAUAUCAUACAUCACGGUAGAUACAAAAAAUCCCCAGGCGUACGACAUGCGACGAGUUGCUUUGAUGCAAGGUCCUACUCUUUUACGGCAAAAAUUUCGUCAUGGCAGUGAAGUUGAAUUUUAUUCCCAGGAUUUGCUAGCAAACCUCAUUGCUUUGGACAACUUUUACAAUGAUCCUGAUUUUGAUGAUUUAAAGUUGGUCAAUAUGGUCAGCGUUAUAGUUACAAAUCCAAAUGUGACAUUUUACAUGUUUGGGUUAUUGUUGGCUGGUGAUUAUUCUUUACAGCAGAGAAUGUUUAUCUUGUCCUCUACAUCAUUGGCUGCGCGUGAGCUACGUGGUAUAAAGGAUGAUAUUGUCUCAAAGUCAUUUACUGAAAAGUCAUUUCCAACGAAGCAACUUCCUCAAAGAUUACAUAACAAGUAUAUUGGUCAAGGUGGAACAAAAUACAUGGAUCAAAUUGAAAUUGGGCUUCAGGAUUCACUUAUGCAUCAAGCUUCAAGUGAUGCCCAAGAUCAAAUGCUAGGUAAAGGUAAAUUGGUGCGCAUUUCACGAUCUCUUACUCGACCAAAAGAUGUUCAACCAAGUGAAAAACCUAUCAUACCUAAUUUUUACAAAAUCAUCGGCACAAAUUUCUUCUUUCCUUUGCUUAAUGUCUGGUACGAGUCUGGAUCGAUUGAUAUUGGACAUUACUCGCCAAUAUUCAUUGCGCAUUAUAUUAAGACAUUGAGUUUACUACUUCACGUCGCCUACCCAUCGUCCACGCAACUCAAAGAUAUGAUUAAGGAGUUUUUGUUAUUAUCGUGUGCUGUGAUCCGAAAAGUUACUCUAGAAGAAAUUCAGGUGAUUGAAUCAAUCCUUACUGGGAUUUUGCUAAUAUUGGAGCUCAUUGAUGCCGAAUUUUUGGUUCUAAACUUUAACGAUGAAGUAGUGUUGGUGUACAAUUGGUUAACCAUGACAUGGGAGGGAAUCAUUGAUAAUAGGAUAAAAAGUCUUGCAGCUGGUUUGUUAUUGAAGUUGCAGGAAGUGUCAAAGAAAUUCGAGAGAACAUUGAUUGACCAAGAUUAUGGUCUUUAUUGA